CUCCGCGGUGCAUGAUGCAGCUUCUGUAGUAGUAAAAGGAUUAAACAUAUUCUUGUCAAACAAGACCAGGGUAGAUAUGGCAAUUGAAUUCUCGCCCAACCAGAAGUGCCCUCUACGAAGCAAGAAAGAUUCAAUGGCACAGGCAAUUCUAGACGAUUUCAAAAAGGUCAGUUUUAAGGGCUUCACAGGAACUGUAGCAUUUAAACGUACUGGGGAACGGAAAAUAAAAACUGGCAUGGACAUUUUGAAUAUUCUUCGGGAGGAAGUAAAGAAGAUUGGUUCAUGGAAACCAGAGCUGGGAAACAAAGAACACAAUGUUUUGCCUGGGAGUAGUGAAGAGCCUAAGUGGAUCGGAUGUUUUUAUGAGUCUGUGAAAUGCCAUAAUCACAAUCCAGAUCCUGAAACCAUUGGCCUUACACCAAAGCUACCAAAACUAAAUAUUACCACAGUGCUGGAGCCACCAUUUGUGGAAAAAGUAAAUAAAUCUUCCAAACUUGUGGAUCUAGCUGGAAAAGUUUCUAAAGGAGAUCUUCAAGGAUUCCUCAUUGAUGUGAUUGACGAACUGUCUAAAGAAGCUCAGUUUGAUUAUGAUAUCUAUUUGAGACCUGACAGAAAGUAUGCAAAAAUGAUUGAGGAACUGAAAAAUCAGGAAAAGGAUAUGGCACUUGCACCUAUAACGAUAACUGCCCAACGCGAGCAGGACAUUGACUUUAGUAAGCCCUUCAUGGACUUCAGUUUGAGUCUUAUUAUGCAGAAAGCAAAUGAGCCAGCCAUCAACAACUUUGCUUUUCUCCAACCAUUUACUGGUCAAGUGUGGCUGUCCACCAUUGGUGUGGUUUUGUUUAUCACUGGAAUGAUGUGUGUCAUGGACUAUUUGAGCCCAUUUGGUUACCGUGCUCGCGCUCUUGAAUCUGACGAAGAGCCUGGAAAUGAGUUUAACCUCUUGAACAGUCUGUGGUUUGCUACAGCUUCCGUUUUACAGCAGGGUCCAGAUAGCACCCCUCUGGCGCCUUCUGGUCGUUUGUUAGCCUCUACGUUCUGGUUCUUUAUCUUGAUCUUGAUAUCUACAUAUACGGCAAAUCUGGCAGCAUUCUUCACGAUCAAACGUACUGCUGAUACAAUUAAUUCGUUGGAGGCUUUGGCGAACCAAAACAAAAUAAAAUAUGGUGUUAUGAACGGGGGUUCAGUGAUGACGUUCUUUGAGAAUUCAGAGGAUUCGCUGUACAGAAAAAUGUUCUCUCACAUGAGAGAAUAUAAGACCUUUGUUGAUGGGACCAAAGCUGGAGUGGAAAAAGCGAGGACCGAACAAUACGCUUACAUAACGGAAUACCCGUACCUGGAGUACUACAACCAACAGAAACCUUGCAAUACAAGACUGUUAAAAAAUCUGAUUCAAACCAAGAGCUAUGGGAUUGGACUUCAGCGAAACUCGCCAUACACUAACAGAAUUACAGUUGGAAUUUUGAACCUGCGGGAGAGGAACUUUAUUGAGAGGAAACGUCGAAGGUGGUGGGAUGAUAGGAGCCAGUGUCCACCGCCUUCAAAGUCCAAAACUGGCAACACGCAGAGCCUUGACGUUAACAACUUGGCCGGUGUUUUUAUUAUUCUGCUGGGUGGUGUGGUGAUCUCUAUCGUGCUUGUCAUUAUUGAGAUACGCUGCAGGAAGCUGGUGGAUCUCUUGACAAAUGGGAAGUGUCGUAAAGCUGAAGAAGAAGCAGAUGGUGGUGAAGUUAUUCCUACGGAGAACAUCCGUUUUGUUGAACCGAGGGUCACAGCUCCAUACAUGAUUAAUUUGCGUCCACACUAUGACAAGUACGCAUUUGCACCCGAGAGUAAACUCUAAAACAAUAGCGCAACCAGUGUGAACUGCAGCAUAUACGUAUGGAUGUCUCACGAAUAAAUUGGUACCUAAGUUAAGUUCCAGUGAGUCAAGUGAAUUUUAAAACGGAAUGAUAUCACCUGGGAACUCAUAACGAGUUAACAGCUUUAAUUUAGCUUAUUUAACUCAUUGCCUGUUCAAGAUGCAAUGAACUUUGAGGGAAUGUAAAAGCAAACGGUUGUAGUCUACAUAAGGAUGUGAUCUUUGUCGCAAUGAUCGCGCAGCGGUGUGCUCUGGCAAGGGAGUGUUACGUGACAUGAUGGCGUGACGUGUAGUUGAGUGUCACUCCUGACCAGUAAUCUUUGGUAAUUCUUCAAGCUAUCUAAUAAGGGGCUUUAGGUUAAUGAAAAUGCAAAACUUUGUUCUUUUUCGAAGGGUAUUAUGUUGCUUAAAGGAGCUAUGGCUAUAUAUUUGUUAAAUGCGUUUCAAAUCGCCAUUUUCUAUGAAUUGUUGGAAUCGUAAGAGUUAUGGCUUUAAUCCGUGACAAAUAUAUGAGAAUCGAAAGUAGGGCAAAAAGAUGAGAAACAGUCGUUGAGAUUAUUAAAGCGGAAUUUAUGUCGCUCGUACAGAAAGAGAUGAAGGUGACUUUGAUGGUCGAUGUUUUAGUUCAAAACAUGGUGCAUAUCUUCUGUACUACUUUUAAGAUAUCAUAAGUGUUAUCUCGUGUUCUCGUGCGUUUUUGAGUCAUAAAUCGUCAUCAUUUUUUCUUGUUUCCCAGUCUUAAAGGUUAAUAGACAUGUUAGAUGCCUAUUUUGUGGAAUUCUCCUCCUUUAUUUGAAUCAUAGGAAAAAAAAUGAUAGUAUCUUGCCUUGGCGGCCUUUUCUCAAAUUAAAAAUGGUCAAUUAUAAUCCAAAAUAAGUAUUGCAUCCAACAGCCACCUCACACUGAUAAGCAGUAAAAGGUUCUUUCAAUUGUAGUGGUAACUGUUUUUCGUUAAUGUGGGAAGUUCAUUGAUAGUAUUUGGUUCAUUUUUUAUUUCAAGGAAUUUCAGUAAGCAGUCUAUCUGCUGAUCAUUACCUAGGUGUAUUAUAGUCUUAAGGCCUGGUUCGGACUGUAGAAUAUUUUAGACCUUUGAAUCUUAUCAUUUUGUAGUUAAAGUGAUGAGUGAAAAAACUUUGCUGGACUCGUUUUGAUCAUUUGGCCUGUGGAGAUCCCAUGUUAACAGUACCGACAUAACGGGGAACGUAAUUAAAAGAUGACUCACAUACAAAUCCUCAUUAAAUUGACCCAUCUGGCAAGGAAAAACUUAAGUUUGCACAAUUUUAGUUUUUCGUUUGUCUUUGAAUUAAAUUGAACUCCUUUUUCCACUUUUGCUUCAAAAUGUGUUUCUUGAAAAGUACUAGUAUUCUGCUGGAAAACUGUUGACGUGCAUAUGCAGUUCAACGAUUUAAAUUUUAACAUCACAGCUCUUUCAGGAUCCAUAAGACCCUCUCAAGAGACCUUUCAAAAGGUAAUAAAAAGAUAUUGUGCUGAAAAUGAAUGAAAAUUAUACAUAUGUGAUAUAAAUUGGAAUAAAUGAGUUCAAUUCAUCAGCCCAUGAAAGCAUCUAGAUGAGAGUGAAAGACAAGUUCGAAAAGUAUUUCAUUGAAAAUCUUCAAUGAAUGGAAUAUUAAAAAGAGAUGCACAUAAACAGGAACCACUUAGCUCUUGUCAGAUCAGAAAAACUAAUUCAAUAUUAUAAGUAACGAAAGUUCCAUCCAUUUUCAUUAAAAAAGGUGAUAUAUUCGUAACUGCGAAUGUAAAAACCCCAUUUAUCAAAUGAAAAUAAAAAAACCUCUUACUUC